AUGGACUGUGGAAGUACUGGGACCGCUGCGGGGAUCGACCCCAAAAUCUUGGACAAUUGGCAAACUGAGGGCUCCUUUUCCGUCGCCUCAUGGGAGCAUCUGGGUUAUGACCAACCCCCCGAGUGGGACACCAGCCAGGAAUCGAGCCAAUGCGACGCGGAUAUCGCGGACUUAGGCACCUUCCAUGGCCCAUUGCCUGGUGAAUUCCGUCGUAUGGAGAACAGAAAGCACGAUGUAGCACCCGAGAACUUGAACUAUCCCGAUGGCCUCGUCGAGGGCACUGCCAGUGGCACUCUUAGCCCCAAGACCAUUCCAUCUUCCGCCGACGAAAAUUACCAUUCGGACGAGGCUUGGCCACACUUUCAACUGUACAACUCAGUGGCCAUGCCAAUGGAUGCAUCUCUUCUCUACCCCUACGCGAAAGCACCGAGCCACUCGAAUGGCGCCGUCAUUGUUGAUGAUGUUGGGGAGAUGCCUCACGGCGGUUUCUCGGAUGCCCCGGCAGAGGGCAUCAUGUCAUAUCAGCAGAUUUCGCAGUCCUUUCCCAUGAUCCCCGAGGAGUGGACUGAAAUCCAACAUGGCAUCCCCGUAGACAAUAUGCCUCCGCCGCAAGAGUCCAUGCCACUCUCAGUUGACACACAGGAGAAUCCCAAGGAUCACUCCCUGUCGGGGUUCCAGACUUCUAUCAGAUCGCUGGAAUCGCGAUGGCUUAAUAGUCUGGAAUCCCAACUGCCCACCCAACAGAUCGCGCCGGUCUCUCAAACUGUUGGCCCGCGAAACGCACAAAUGGGGCAGGAGUUCCAAUUCAAAUCUGAAAACUCUUCGGUGUCGGGCGAUUUGUCGGGAAUAUACGAGUGCUCCUACUCCGCCACUAGCGACGAGGCCCCGGCAUUUGCGGACCGUCAGUUGGAAGACGACGAUGUCCAGUGGAAGACCUCACCGCAUGAAUCCAGUUCACCGGAGGGGUCACAGCCUGCAUUCAAAACCACUGCCUUCAUGGUGAGUGAGGCUCCCGCGGAGUCUUUAGUCUCCACUGUUCCUUCAAGGUCGAGGGCUUCGUCGACUGCUGGCCAGCGUGCCGGUCGACCGGCGCCACUUGCCAUGCAGACCUCAGCUACAGUCAAGAAGCGAAAGGCCAGAAACCCUGCUUCAAUGGAUCAGGGCAUCGCAAGGCCCUUGCAAAUUGUCCAGGAGGAUGGCCAAGGUGGCUCCAUUGCGUCUGCGGACUUUGUCUCGCCCCCACGUGGCGCCCGUCGCAAGGGCCCAUUGAGUAUGGUUGGACGGGCCAAUGCAGGCCUGCGCAGGAAAAACAAGGAUACUUGUGUUCAGUGUCGACUGAACAAGCGCAAGUGUGAUGGAAGCGCCCCUUGCGAUGCUUGUCGCCCGACACUUCAUGAGCAACCAUGCGCUCGUGCAUGCUUCUCCAGUAUUGUCGAGUUUGGAACCUGCAACUACAUCUCCCAACGAGCUGUCAACCACCCUACGAUGGAUGGUUCCAACCGAGUCCGGAUGGAGAUUCCAUCUGAAUUUGACCUCAGUCAACUCUUGUCUUUGCUCGCCGAGCGCCAGGGGCGGUUCAACAUCCGUGCUAGCCAGGCCUGGGGCUCUCUCUAUGUCCUCGAUCUGGGAGAGACCUACAAGUUCCUGAAGACCCUGAGCGAGUACAACGGCAACUCGAAGUCAACUUUCCUCGAGUUCAUCGACCGACGAAUUGUUGACUCGAAGGACAAGUCCAAGAACUGGCUGUCCUGCGUUGCCGACUGCGACCCAAUGAACCAAGCCUAUACCCUCCUCUCCCAGUGGAACAACAUGCCCAGCCGCGCUAAAUACAGCUUCGUAUCCCUCGACCCGACAGCCGAAGAACGAACAAUGGACAUAAACAACCCAGAAGACCAACGCGAGAUCCUCCUCGCGGCGCAACUCUCCCGAAUCUUCUGCCGCAUGCUCGAAGUCGAAGGCUUCCGCAAGCUCGAGCGCGACUUCUACAACAUAAAGUGGAAGCAGAUCUCCCACGAGACGCACGUCCGCUUCCUCGGCGAACUCGGCCACAUCCUGCUAACGCUGCGGUGGCGCGUGAGCUGGUGGAAGCGUCUCGGCGACGGCGGCCGGAACCCCGAUCCCACCCAGCAGCACUACGUCGACCGCGUUGAGCUGCUCUGCCGCAUCCUAUACGUCUACUACACAUGCGUGAUGGCAAAGCUGCCCUCCUGGUCGGCGGCCGAUGUCCCCAAGGGCAUCUGGUCGACGUAUGCGGACUCGGAAAAUGCCGUCUGGGAUGAUUUCCCUUCGGACUCCAGUGACGGUGGCUUCAAUGGUUGGAUGGAGCGUGGCCAGGACCUGAUUGAGCAGGCUGGUGUUCCGAGCCGCAUCUCGAAGUUCUGA